GAAAGAAGGAAGCUGGAAAGAAAGAAAGAAAAGGAAGAGAGAGAGAGAGAGAGAGGGGAGAAAGAAAGAAGGAAGCUGGAAAGAAAGAGAGAGAGAGAGGGGAGAAAGAAAGAAGGAAGCUGGAAAGAAAGAAAGAAAAGGAAGAGAGAGAGAGAGAGAGAGAGAGAGAGAGAGAGAGGGGAGAAAGAAAGAAGGAAGCUGGAAAGAAGGAAGCUGGAAAGAAAAGGAAGAGAGAGAGAGAGAGAGAGAGAGAGAGCGAGAGAGAGAGAGGGGGGGGGUGUGUGUGUGUGUGUGUCAGGGGGGGGGGGAGUAGCACAUACUGAAAUCGUGGGUUUCUCUUUCUCUCUCUUCAUAGUGCAGAGGCUAGCCAAUACUAUCUCCUCUACCACAAUCCCCUUGCAUUGCCCAACUUUUCCCAGGUGAAGUGAAGUCGAAACGGCAAUGGAUCGAGAGAAGGAUGCUUUUUACGUUGUAAAAAAGGGGGACAUUAUCGGCGUCUACAAAUGUUUGAAUGAUUGCCAAGCUCUACUUGGAUCCUCUGUGCGUGAUCCUUCUGUAAAUGUCUUUAAAGGGUAUGGCUUGCGAAAGGAGGCCGAGGACUACCUUGUCUCUAAUGGGCUUAAGAAUGCUGUGUAUUCUGUUGCAGCAACUGAUGUGGAAGACCGUCUUUUUGGUCAACUUUCUGUGUGCCCUUUCCAGCAACCCCCUUCUUCUAAAGGAAAAGCAUUGGACCAGUUGAUUUCAGACAGGAGAUUGCAGCACAAGGAAGUUGUACCAACCUCAAUCCCCGUAUCUCCUCAGAGUAAGCAUGCUGUGUUCCAGAAUAUCAUCCAAGUUCCAUCUGGUUCUUCUAUUUCAGCACAGGGCUUCUGUACUCUUGAGUUUGAUGGUGCCUCGAAAGGGAAUCCUGGACUUGCUGGGGCAGGUGCUGUGCUACGGGUUGAAGGUGGAAGUGGAAGUAGGGUUUGUCGAUUGCGGGAAGGUGUUGGCAUUGCAACUAAUAAUGUUGCUGAAUAUCGAGCAUUGCUUUUAGGAUUGAACUAUGCUCUUCAGAAAGGAUAUAAACACAUUCGUGUACAAGGAGACUCUAAACUCGUCGUUAUGCAGGUUCAAGGUCUGUGGAAACUCAAAAAUCAAAACAUGGCAGACUUGUGCAAGGUGGCCAAGGAGCUCAAGGAUAGGUUCUUGUCUUUCGAGAUCCGUCAUGUUGAAAGGGACUUAAACUCCGCAGCUGAUGUCCAAGCAAACCUGGCUAUACAUCUCAAAAAUGGGGAGGUUCAAGAGGAAUGGGAGACAAAAUAGUGCAGAGGCUUGGAUUCAGUUGUGUUUUUUAUGCUUGGAAGGAAGAAUGGGUUCAGGCAUAUCUAGACUUCUUGUCAAUAGGAGCUAUGACUCUUUUUGUUAUUAAGGUACAUCAAUGAUGUGUAUAUAACUAAAACUGGAUCAAUGACUGCCACUUUUAUUGCUGUGAUCUCUGUUACAUGGACUCGUGCCCAAAUGUCUGGUGUGGGUACAUGUCCAAGUGUCCGAUUCCCUUUUCAUUUCAAGGAUACAGGGACACGCUUGACCAUGUAAAAUUGCUAUUAUAUAAGUUGUAUUGUCUAGCUUAAA